AUGAAACAGCAUUUUUUACAUAUUCGGCAAGAAUAUGAACUUUAUUUUCGAUCUUAUGGACAUUCACACACAUUAGCAAAAUCUUUAAGUUUCAAACCUUUAAGUCCACUAGAAGAAGUAAUAGCCACAAAAGUAUGUGAUCGAAUGAGAAGAAAAACUGAACGUAAACUUUUGCUAUCAUUUCCACUUUCUAAACAACUCUAUUAUCAUCUGUUUAUUCGACCAACAAAAAUGCUCUAUUCAAUUGAUUUAAUUAAUACUGAAUUUAAUAAUGAAUGGCCAGAAGCAAAAAGAUUUUAUGAUCAUCGUAGAAAAACGUACUAUAACUAUUAUUGGGAAUUAUUGUUGUUUAAUCGUCGUCGUUAUCGUCGUUCUUAUCCCGAUUUAUAUAUAUCAACUUUAUAUGCUACAACUGUUUGUUGUGAUCAUAUUUUAGUUAAUUUUACACAUAUACGACAAGAAUAUGAACUUGGAUUUCGAUAUUAUGAUCAUUUAAAAACAUUGGAAAAAUGUUUAAAAUUUGAACCAUUGAACCUAAGAGAAGAAUUUAUUGCAACAAUAGUAUGUAAUCAUAUGAAACGACGAACAGAGAGAAAAUUAUUGUUGGCAUUUCCUCUCUAUAAACAACUUUAUUAUCGUUUGUUUAUUCAGCCAACAAAAAUUUUGUUUGCUCUUAAUCUUCUUGAUACAGAGUUUAAUAGAGAUUGGCCCACAGCAAAACGAAUUUAUGAUAAAAAACGAGAAGAAUCCGGUAUACCAUAA